AUGACAGGCAAGAAGAAACACUCCAGUAGCGUGUUUCGAAUAGUCAAAGGGUUCGGCGCAGCGCUGCUGCUCGUUCUCGUCUUAAAGCCCAUCGUGCCGUGCCUGUGGUCGCGCGAACCGGGCAUCUGUCCAAUCCUCGAGAUCCCGUCCCUCGCGCGGCGAGAGAUCAAGGAGGCCGCUGACGCCGGGAAACUGAAGUCACGAGUUUCAGUCUCAGAAAGCGCGAGCAGCGUCUCGGAAACGGUUAAGAGUGAUGCAGGGAAGCAGGAGGAGCCGCAGGUGGCUGAUGCAGCAGCAACAGCGGAGAAUGGCAGGGAGUUAGCUGCUGCUAAGCUCGCCUUAUCCGCUGAGCUAGAUUUCCCUAAUAACGGGGAUAAUUUAUCGUCGCAAACGAGAAGCUCGCGUGUAGAGGAGGAGGAGGAGGAAGAGUCACUGACGUCAGGUGUCGAGUCGAUGUCGGAAGACGACAAGGAGCGCGAGGUGAAGUCGUUGUGGCGCUGCCAGGGCGGAUCCGGCGCCGCCGACUGCUCUGAACCGCAGGCGCUCUUGCUGGCCGAGGGCGCGCUGGCGGAGCGUGUGCAUGCGGUGUGCGCGGCAUACGCGCUGACGGCGCUCACCAGUGCGCCCACGCUCGCCGUGUGGCCCGCCGACCGCCACCUGCCCGCCACCACCUUCCGCCACCUCUUCCGCCCCGCCAGCAGCGUGGCCAUCCCCCCGGGGGACGUGGCGGACAGGGCGGUGAGCGGAGAGGCGCGCGACGUGUGGGUGCGCGACGUGCGCAUGGCCAGCAGCGAGGUCACGGCCCGCCUGCACACGUCGCAGCAGGUGAUGCUCAAGGAGUGUCCUCGAGGCAGCAGGAGGAAGAGCAGGCGCACCGCCCUGCCCUUCAGGCGCUACCUUGCCCCCUCCGCUCAGUCCCAGGUGUGCCAUCUCGACCUCCCUCCCUCCCCUUACACCCUCGUGUGCCAUCUCGACCUCUUCCUGUGCCUGCAUCCUCCAGUCGCUCAUCUCAGUCCCUCAUCCCGUUCGCUCAUCCCAUUCACUCAUCCCAUUCACUCAUCCCAAUCCCUCAUCCCAUUCACUCAUCCCAAUUCCUCAUCCCAUUCACUCAUCCCAAUCCCUCAUCCCAUUCCCUCAUCCCAUUCCCUCAUUCCAAUCCCUCAUCCCAUUCACUCAUCCCAAUUCCUCAUCCCAUUCCCUCAUCCCACUCCCUCAUCCCACUCCCUCAUCCCAAUCCCUCAUCCCAUUCCCUCAUCCCAUUCACUCAUCCCAUUCACUCAUCCCAUUCACUCAUCCCAUUCCCUCAUCCCAUUCCCUCAUCCCAAUCCCUCAUCCCAUUCCCUCAUCCCAAUCCCUCAUCCCAUUCCCUCAUCCCAAUCCCUCAUCCCAUUCCCUCAUCCCAUUCCCUCAUCCCAUUCCCUCAUCCCAAUCCCUCAUCCCAUUCCCUCAUCCCAUUCACUCAUCCCAUUCACUCAUCCCAUUCACUCAUCCCAUUCCCUCAUCCCAUUCCCUCAUCCCAAUCCCUCAUCCCAAUCCCUCAUCCCAUUCCCUCAUCCCAAUCCCUCAUCCCAAUCCCUCAUCCCAUUCCCUCAUCCCAAUCCCUCAUCCCAAUCCCUCAUCCCAUUCCCUCAUCCCAAUCCCUCAUCCCAAUCCCUCAUCCCAUUCACUCAUCCCAUUCACUCAUCCCAUUCCCUCAUCACAUUCCCUCAUCCCAUUCCCUCAUCCCAUUCCCUCAUCCCAAUCCCUCAUCCCAUUCCCUCAUCCCAAUCCCUCAUCCCAUUCCCUCAUCCCAAUCCCUCAUCCCAUUCACUCAUCCCAUUCACUCAUCCCAUUCCCUCAUCCCAUUCCCUCAUCCCAAUCCCUCAUCCCAUUCCCUCAUCCCAAUCCCUCAUCCCAUUCCCUCAUCCCAAUCCCUCAUCCCAUUCCCUCAUCCCAAUCCCUCAUCCCAAUCCCUCAUCCCAUUUUCUCAUCCCAAUCCCUCAUCCCAAUCCCUCAUCCCAUUCCCUCAUCCCAAUCCCUCAUCCCAAUCCCUCAUCCCAUUCCCUCAUCCCAAUCCCUCAUCCCAAUCCCUCAUCCCAUUCACUCAUCCCAUUCACUCAUCCCAUUCCCUCAUCCCAUUCCCUCAUCCCAUUCACUCAUCCCAUUCACUCAUCCCUUACCCGCCUUGCCUCUACCUCUCUGACUGCCUACCUCCCCCUACCCCAGCAGGCUUCCGGUGCAGUGAACCUGGACGGGUGCGCGUAUGACAAGCACGUGGACGCGUGUCUGGGGCGCCUGCGCCCCUCCACGGCAGUGGGCGCGCUGGUGAUGCACGAGGACCUGGCUGCACUCAAGCUCUCCAAAGCCAUCUAUGCUGUCCCUGUAUGGCCAACUCAUCAGCCCCCCUCUGUGCCAUGCGCCACAUCACCAUGUUCUUCCUGCACGACCCCCAUGUGGGGUUCCCCCCUCUUCCCUCCCCUCACAUUCCCUCUCCCCCCUCCCCAUCACCACCAGACUCCCCCUGCUGGUACCGUCUGCUCAGGCUGCCCCCGUGUGGCCAACUCAUCAGCCCCACUGUGCGCCAUGCGCCGCGUCACCAUGGCCUUCCUGCACGACCCCCACGUCGCGUUCGCCCUUGCCGCCCGUGCCGCCCCCGACGUCACCGCUGUUGGGGACUUCUUUAGCGAGCUCCGCCGCCCGCUCGUGCUCAAGGCCAGCCAAUCGCGGCUUGACACGUGUCAGGAGGGAGGGAGGAGGGAGUUGGCAGAGGGGAAGGGGGUGCUGGGGAGUGAAGUGGGCGGGAGCAGCAUCAAGUGCGCUCAGCUGCAGGCAGCGGAGCUGUUCGCCCUGAGCUUGGCGAGGGCGCUGGUGCCGAUCCACCGGUGGGCCAUCGAGGCACGCUUCAUCCUCGCCCAGGGCUCCCACCGCUCCCCCGCCUUCCAGGUGCUGCCGUCCAUCUGCGAGACCGAAAGACUGCCGCCCAUCAUUCGCCACCGGUGGUCGUGGUUCACACAGGUGGAAGAGAAGCUCAAGCUAGUGGUGUGCACCAUGCCCAAGGUGGCGGCCAACUCGUGGCUCAUGUGGCUGCGCGCCAAGCUGGGGCAGCCCGACCCGAAUGACCCCAUUCUCGCCCUCGAUGUGGACAAGGCCGGCUGGCACCUGCUGGGGAGACACUUCACAGAGAAAGAAGCGGUCCGUCUAGUGACCCGGCCGGACUUCUUCCGCUUCACCUUUGUUCGCAACCCCUUCUCCCGCGCCCUCUCCGCCUACUCCAACAAACUCGUGGUCACGGACACGCCCAACAACAAGACCGGCCCGGGGUCCCGCGAGUAUUGGAAUGAGCGUUUCUUCCGGUUCGUGCGGCCGCAGUUUGAGCUGCUAAAGGGCGAGGACGACCUCGUGUCAUUCCCCGACUUCAUGCGCCUCGUUGCCCUCAUGAAGAACAACUUCCGCUGGAAGAUGGACCGCCACGUCGCCCCUCAGGUGGACGUGUGCUUUAUGCAGAUGAUAAAGUACGACUUUGUGGGGCGGUUUGAGAAUCUGGAGGAGGAUGCCAAGUAUGUGGUGAACCGAUUCGGAGGCGACCAUCUCGACAUCUUCAACUUCGGCGUCAACGCGCACCAGACCCGCGCCGACACCAAGCUUGUCAAGAAAUACACCAAG